AUAAUAUAAUAUUAUAAUUUAAAUAAAUCUACAGGAGUAGAUCAUUUGAGCCAUCCAAUGCAAAUUUCUAAAUAAAUUACAUAACUAAUAAAAAUUCCGAAAAUCACGCCAUAAAUCAUAUUGUAAUCAUUUCAUUUGUAAUUUAAUGUACUUAUGUGACUAAACAUAAUUUAUAAGUAGUCCAAAAGUAUUUCUAUGUAGGGCGCGAUGACCUUAACAAUUUUUUUAAAAAAAUGGCCAGACUUUGCUUUGGGCUGAGACGGGUGGGAAAAUAAGGGGAAGACCAGUGGGACAAGUCGUCUAAAGAUUUUAAAAAAAUGUAUAAUGAGUUAGUAUUUUAUAAUUAUGUAUUUACAAAACUUGGUAUUUUCCACUUCACCAUGAAGAGGUGCAAAAACAUGAUAUAUCAAUGUCAUAUCAUUCAUUUCUGGGGUCUUACAGUAGUAUCGUUAUGUCUGUCCGACCGUCCCUCACUGGUUUAGCUCAGAGACUAUAUAUUUACACUAGAAAACUGUAAUUUGUAUUAUACGUACGUAGCCAUAUUCGUUACAUAUUUACAAGUGAAGUAAAUAUCUCUGUAUGUAAGAUAUAUCAUCGAAACCCUAACAUUGUGCGUAGCCCGACACACACAUGACCAAUCUAUUAAUUUUCCUGACACCUAGCCCCUCGACUAAUUUGUUUUCCUUUAGUGAUUGUAAAACAAUAUUAGCUUACAUCCUGUAGCCUUUCCUAUGAGGUGUAAUCGUGUUUAAUUGUUUAGUGAGUGGAACGAAGCCGACGAACGUGUUUUAUUUAAUUUUUUUUUGUAUUUAUUCAAAUAACACUUAAUCAAUCUUACUAUGGGUAUCUAACGGAAAAGAAAAAAUGGGUGAGAUAAAAUAAAAAAUAUUGUGUGUGUGUAUUUAAUUUAAACUAUUAAUUUUCGAAAACAAGGAUUAUUUGUUUUUUUUUUCUAUUUAUUGUGUAUCGAGAAGAUUCAUAUUUUUCUGCAAAGAAGAUUUAUGAAAAACUGUCACUAUGAUUAUGUUGAUUCUGUUUUGGGUGUUAUGUGUCGUGUACUCUUACUUUCUGUGGCGGCAAAAGUCUCAAGAUACGGACAACGAGCCCCCCAUGCUGCCCGGGGCUUGGCCUAUCGUUGGGCACGCGCCGCAUCUUAUUGGGGACAGCUGUUAUCUAUGGAAAGCAGUGACAGACCUGGCCAAUCAGAGCUAUGAGGUGGGAGGAGUGGUCUCCGCAUCCAUUGGCCCUCGGACUAUUUAUGUGAUAACUGAUCCUGAUGAUUUCUUGACUGUCGCCAACACGUGUCUCGAAAAAGAUGGAUUCUAUGACUUCGCCAAGCCGUGGCUUGGCGAGGGACUUGUGACUGGAAUAGUACCAAUAUGGAAGAAACACCGCAAACUUCUCAACCCAGCAUUCAGCCAAACUGUUCUGGACGGUUUCCUUGACGUCUUCAACAGCCAGGCGCGGCGCCUAGUGCACGACCUGGCCGCGCAGGUGGGGAAGGGACCCUUCGACCACUGGAUCUACACCAGGCACAAUGCCUUGGAGACCAUCUGUUUGACAGCGCUCGGCGUUGAUUUCGGUGACCAUACUCUUCUUAACAACCAAUACGUGGUGGCAGCUGAGGAGAUCUUCAAGACGAUGGUGGACCGCUUCCAGCAGUUUUGGCUGCACAGCCCCUACAUCUUCAAGUUUAGUGCUGUCAAAAGAACCCAAGACCGGUGUCUGAAGAUCUUGCAUAAUAUGUCGAAUACGGUAUUGCAAAUGAGGAAAUCUGAAUUAAAUGGAAAUAUUUUGACUGAGAGGAAUACGGGGAAGUCGACAGGGCUGAAAUUCAAGGCUUUCAUGGAUCUUCUCCUGGAGUUGUCCAUAGAGAAGGGAGUCCUCAACGACAGAGAGAUCAGAGAGCAUGUAGACACUAUGAUCGUGGGCGGCCAUGACACCUCAGCCAAUGUCUUGAUGUACACAUUAAUUCUGCUGGGUUCGCAUCCUGAAGUUCAGGAGAAAGUUUUCGAAGAGUUACACGACGUGUUCGGCACCUCAGACAGAGACGUGGAGAAGCACGACUUGUCGAAGCUGGUCUACUUGGAGUCGGUGCUGAAGGAAAGCAUGAGGUUGUACACCAUAGUCCCGGUCGUCGCGCGUCGGCUGCAUUGUAAUGUCAAACUGAAGAAUUACACUUUAGCAGCAGGCAGGACUUGCUUCAUGUUUCUAUUCGGCAUCCACCGGCACCCCAUGUGGGGCAAAGACUUAGAUCUGUUCAAACCAGAGCGCUGGCUGGACCCUGCCAAGCUGCCUGACAACCCUAACGCCUUCGCUGGGUUCAGUAUGGGCAGGAGAAUGUGUAUUGGAAAGUCUUACGCCUACAUGUCAAUGAAGACCACAUUAGCCCACGUGAUGCGGCAUUACCGGCUGCAGGGGGACCACACCAAGCUCCAGUUGAAACUUGACGUCAUGCUCAAGCCGUCCACUGGGUACCAGAUCAGCAUAGAGAAAAGAAAGUAUUGAUUAUAGCUGUAAUAAAGGUCAGAAGAUUAACACGAUGCUAUGAGAAUAUAUUUAUAAUUCAAUAAAUAUAUGUGUUCAAUGUAUAUACCUAAAUUAUAUAUUAACUACCUAGUCUAUAUAGAACAAAAACAAAGUUAUGAGUUACCUAAUGACUAGAAUGUUACAAAAAUAGAAUAUCUAGUUAUUUGAUCAAAAUGUGUUUAGUAAAUAAUGAUGUUAAUAAAAAACCUGCAAUAUUCACAAUAUUUUAUUUGUCGAAACACAUUCAGUAGGUAUUUUACAGAUUUAAUUAUUGAAAACUUUCAUUAUUCUCCACCGCAUCAAUCAUAGAUUUAGAAUAACUUAUUUAUGCGAAAAUAUAGAUACAAAAACGACAUUUUUUUUCUUUAAUCAUUUUCGAAAAACCAUUCAAAAAUUACACGGCAGAGAAUAUUUUAAUUUUCUUACAUUUCCAGAUUAGAUCUGCGAAUUUCAUUCAAUAUCUAAAUAAUAAAAUAGUUUCCUAAAAUAAAUAUAUUAAAUAACAUUAUUUCGUUUGAACAACCUUAAGGUAAAAAUAUCUUUAAAUCAACGUACACAUAGUAAUUAAAUGUCUUCGCCUUAAGCUACAGGAUUUAUUUUUGUUUUGUACUAGUCAACCGAUAGAUAAGUAUGUAAUAGUAGUUCAGUAAAUGUUAUAUUUGUGAAUUAAAUAAAUGAUUAAAAACGAUACCUUGCUGUUUUUAAUAAAAUAAACAUUGAUUCUUGGCUCUACUAUACAAUGUUGUAUGUAUACUUCUAAUAUACAAUGUUUCAUGAAAAAGGUUCAUAUGUUUAUAUGAAAAUGUUUCAUAAGGCGAAGAAAAAAAAACUAAUGUAAUACAAAUAUAAUGUAAAGAUUAUUAGUUAAUUCGCAAUCAAGAUACAGUCAUUUAGAUGCUAUAUUAAGGUAUAGUCUAUUUUUCACAACAUCUGAAAACUAUUUAACCUUAAGUUUCCCGUUACAAAAUUGACAUCGAUUACAAAUGUGAUACCUAAACACUAUCAGUUACAUCAUACCUGUUAUGUAUUAAAAUUUAAUUGAAAAAAUCACAAAAUAUAUUUGUACAUAUAUAUUAUAUUAUUUGAUUGAAAAUCUCGUAAAUGUAAUUUAAGUAAAAAAUGAUAUUUAUGAAAUUAAAAAGAUAUUAAUGACAUUCACACCAUUUUAAAGUCAUCACGUCUAUUUUGUAACGAGAAACUUAUUAAUCUAUAUCUAUAACAACAGCAAAAUCCACAUAUGUCUGUCAUUUAUACACGUAAUGCCCAAGACUUAAAAUUAUCUAAAAAAAGUUGUGACAUUCAUAUAACUUAAUAAACUUUGUCAUUCUAGUUUUAGAGUGAUUAUAAAUUAAAACAAAAUUAAUAAAUUAUUAAUUAAUUUGGUAAACCAUUAUAUUUAAAACCGACAUAGCCUUGUUUUCUUAUUUUUGAUCGGGUAAAGUCAAUAAAUUUUAAAUAGGAAUUUAUACUUAGAAAAGAAAUCAUAGUACUCUUAUUUGGCAAAUAAACCCAUAUGAAGAAUAAAUAAAAAAUAAGAAAUUCAAAUGAUUUUCCUAACAAUAAUAAUUAAUGUAUUUGGUUUAUUAGGCAAUAUAUUCAGAGAGAGAAAAAGGAAAAUAUGUAUAUUAUUUUACCAUAACCAGAAAACUGAGAACCAUAUUUGAUAAUGGAGCAUUAUAAAUUUAUAUCCUCAUAACUAGAGUUGGUAUAAACCCAGUAGUUAUCUGGUAUUUAAUACCUUGUAGAUACUUAAAGUAUAAACUUUGGUUAAUUAUUCUUAAAGCGUUUCAAAUAUAAUUUAUU